AUGUUGUUUGAUGUGAAACUAGACGUGUGGGAGACCGGCGAGGGCGAAUGUAAUGUACUGCUAGAGACCAAAUUCGAGAAGGUUUAUGAGAAGAUUGAUCUUACGUUGCUUAAUCGCUUGCUUCGUCUGAUCGUGGACCACAACAUUGCGGAUUACAUGACUGCAAAGAACAACGUUGUCAUCAACUAUAAAGACAUGAACCAUACCAACAGUUACGGCAUCAUUCGAGGGUUGCAAUUCGCUUCCUUCAUUACUCAGUACUACGGGUUGGUGUUGGAUUUAUUGGUACUUGGUUUGGAACGUGCGGCUGAAAUGUGUGGACCACCUCAAAUGCCAAAUGAUUUUCUUCAGUUCCAGGAUACGGCUACUGAAGUUGCUCAUCCCAUUCGGCUAUAUUGUCGUUACGUCGACCGUUUUUGGAUGUUCUUCCGAUUUACGGCGGAGGAGGCGCGUGACCUUAUCCAGCGUUACCUGACGGAACAUCCAGAUCCAAACAAUGAGAAUAUAGUCGGUUACAAUAACAAGAAGUGCUGGCCCAGAGACAGUCGUAUGCGCCUAAUGAAGCAUGAUGUGAAUUUAGGCAGAGCUGUGUUCUGGGACAUAAAAAAUCGAUUACCACGUUCAAUUACUACAAUUGAUUGGGACAGCAGCUUUGUUUCCGUCUACAGCAAAGAUAAUCCCAAUCUGCUGUUCGCUAUGUGCGGGUUCGAAUGCCGUAUUUUGCCGUCCUGUCGCGCUCCAAAUCAAACCACUGAUGCCAAUCUUCCGAGUGGUGUUUGGCAUUUGCAAAAUGAGGAACUUGGUGGCCUGGGCAUGCUGAGUAUGGGGCACGUUCUCAUCCCUCAAUCCGAUUUGCGGUGGUCGAAACAAACCGACGUGGGCAUUACACAUUUUCGAUCUGGAAUGAGUCACGACGAAGAUCAGGUUAUCCCCAACUUAUUUUCUUAUAUCCUUACGUGGGAAACAGAAUUUCGUGACUCUCAGAGCGUGUGGGCUGAAUAUGCUUUGAAAAGACAGGAAGCAAAUGCUCAAAAUCGGUGA